AUGAAUUAUUUUCUUUUAUUUCCAUUUUUGUUAAUUAAUUUUUGUUAUUUCACAAAUGGUGAAAAAGCAACAGUUGCACAAUGCGAAACUGUGGUUGAAUAUUAUGUAAUAAAAGAUGACUGCGUCUGCACAAAUGAUUUUAGUAAAUGUCUAACAUCAAUAGUAAAUCAAGGAAAGUGUACAAAAGAGGAUUUUCCCGCUAAUUUAACUGAAACAACCUUGUGUACUAAAAUGUAUUCGAAAUGUUCGUUAACGGAAAAUGAAUGUGAUAUUUGUGGAUGUUUUGAUUUGUCCAUUGAUUGUUUGAUCCAAGAUAAAUGUGAAAAAUUUGUGAGCAGUUCAACAUCAUCAGAUAAACGUGUUCGAGCAUCUGAUACAAUUUUAGGUCUUAACAAUUUAUUAAAUGAACAUUUUGAAAAGAAUUGA